CUUCUGAUCCGGUAACAUACUUAGGGAGUUUUCACUCAGUUCUUAGGAAUCGAGAGUCUAUAUCCACCACUGACCAUCAUGAGCCAUUCUAGAAAGAUCUUGAGGGGUUAUGGCGCCCAAGCUUUAUCACGUUUGCCUCCUGGCACAGACGCCCAUGAGCUCGGCCAGGCCCUCUCACAAAGUAUUAGACGUGAGCCGCCCGAUAUGUUGGAUUUGCUGCGCAAGUACUUUCAAAACCCUGAAACGGAAUUAUCACACAUAUGGGAGCAUGACCCAUCAACUGGGAUCAUCCGUCAGGAGGCUGUCGGGCUGGUGCGCAAGUUUCAUGACUUUUACCAGGCCUUUCCGGAGAAUGAAAGGGUCGACCUCAAAGAAUUCGUGCCUACUAUUGAGGGCGUAAUCGACCAAGUCAAACAGAUUCAUUUGAAACGCGAGGCAAAAACACAAAGUGGAAUGACGGGCAGGACCAAGAGGUUUUUCCACAGAUUUUGUGGAACUAUCAACACCCACAAGUCUAUGUUAGGUAUUCUGCCAGAGGGAAACGAGUACAUAUCGAUAUUUACAGGAGUUCUGCAUGUCGUUAUACAAGCCAGCGACAAUCACGAGAAGUUAGCCGAGGGGAUCGGCGAAAGCCUCUCUAUCAUCGGAGAAUGUAUCGAAGAUAUACAAAUCGAUGCCAAACUCUUUCCGACUGAACCCAUGCUUCGCUUGGUUUCUGAAUUCUACGGGCAGAUAUUUAUCUUCCUGUCGGAACUAAUGGACUGGAUCAUGGCUAAGAAGCGCAAACGCAUUCUCAAAAGCUUUAAUGAUGACCUCGUUGCAACCUUUCAAAAAGAUCUAGAUCGCAUCGUGAAACGAGCUGACCGGAUUCUCCGUCGGGCAGCGCAGAGCUCCAGGGCAGAGGGGCAAUUUGUCCGGCACAAAAUUGAAAGUAUAGAUGAUCGAGUUGAAGACACCAGGCUCGGUUCAACAGGUCUCGCGCGACAGCUAGCUGAGAGGGAGUAUUUCGAGGAGAGAUUGCAACUUCAGGAAGCGCGAAUCGAGGCAUACCGACGAGAGGACCUGAUUCGACAAGAACGACUUGGACUCAGUUUAAAACUGCUUCUACAAGAAAAUUUACGCAGCGAUCGAACGCCGCAGCUCUUGUUUGGCAUCGCCGAAGCUCUUCCGGGCGAGAACCCUCGGUAUCCCACCGCUUUUCUGGAGAACCCAGGAGUCAGGGAACUAUUUGAUGACAUUGAGACUCGCUCUGCCUCCCUUGAAGACCAUUUCUGUCGCGAUCAAGUACGUCCACGAUUGGAGAGCGACCAACCACUACCUUUCGAGCCGGAUGUCAUAUUGAGAGUGAAGGAGUGGUCACAGGAUACCGCGUCUUCUUUACUGUGGCUAUCCGGCCCCUUUAUUGAGGUCACCGACUCCAGCAACCCUCUGACGUUACUAGCUAGCCGUGUUAUUGAUCUGGCAGAUGAGCACCACCUCAACGUGAUAUCAUACUUCUGCCAUAUACGCCACACGAAUGGCACAAUUUCACGGGAGGAACAAUCCCUAGUAGCUCUACUGUAUGCAUUGAUACGACAACUCGUCGAACUACUCCCACCAAGAUUCGACUCUGAGAGGGAUUUAUCCAAAGAACGCUUUUCUCGUUUGGGUGGGACAAUCGCUUCAUGGGAAGAAUCUUUGGAUGUGAUGGAGGAUAUCUUGAGCCUUGUACCAGGAACUGCGGUUUUUUGUAUCAUCGAUGGCCUGGAUGUACUGGAUCAUCGGAGCAUUCGACGACCGUUGACGCUUCUCCUAGGAAGAAUCAGACAAAGUAGUCCCAAGUUAAAGGUCUUGUUCACGACCUCAGGAAGAUGCUACUGUUUGGGACAGGAGAUAAAGGCCCAUGAGAACAUAGUCAUUGACAACUUCCGGGAUGGAUUGGCCACCUACGAUUUAGCUCUCUAGACAGAAUCUCGAUGUUGACCCAUAAGUACACUAGAUUAUCAGCAUUUGAGAGCCAUGAGGAGACUAGGCACUCUUUCGAGCUUCUUAAGAGUACACGCUUCGAAA